GCGGGGAGUGAGGUGGCUGCGGCGGCGAGCGGAACUUCAGCCAGAGGGGCAAUCCCGCUUUCCCCUCUGGCUCGUCAGCUUCCACCUGCAGCCCCUCGGCCCCCGCGUCCCGCGGGACCCGGACGGCGACGGCGGGGGCAUGUGGCGCUGGGUCGGGCAGCAGCUGGGUUUUGACCCACCACAUCAAAGUGACAAAACUAUUUACAUAGCCGACAGGUUUCCCCAGAAUGGCCUUUACACGCCUCAGAAAUUUAUAGAUAACCGGAUCAUUUCAUCUAAGUGUACUGUGUGGAAUUUUGUUCCAAAAAAUUUAUUUGAACAAUUCAGAAGAGUGGCAAACUUUUAUUUUCUUAUUAUAUUUUUGGUUCAGCUUAUGAUUGAUACACCUACCAGUCCAAUUACCAGUGGACUUCCAUUAUUCUUUGGGAUAACAGUAACUGCCAUUAAGCAGGGAUAUGAAGAUUGGUUACGACAUAACUCAGAUAAUGAAGUAAAUGGAGCUCCUGUUUAUGUUGUUCGAAGUGGUGGCCUUGUAAAAACUAGAUCAAAAAACAUUCGGGUGGGUGAUAUUGUUCGAAUAGCCAAAGAUGAAAUUUUUCCUGCAGAUUUGGUGCUUCUAUCCUCAGAUCGACUUGAUGGUUCUUGUCACGUUACAACUGCUAGUUUGGAUGGCGAAACUAACCUGAAGACACAUGUGGCAGUUCCAGAAACAGCACUAUUACAAACAGUUGAGUUGGACACACUCAUAGCUGUGAUAGAAUGUCAGCAACCAGAAGCAGACUUAUACAGAUUCAUGGGACGAAUGAUAAUAACUCAACAAAUGGAAGAAAUAGUAAGACCUCUGGGGCCGGAGAGUCUCUUGCUUCGUGGAGCCAGGUUAAAAAACACAAAAGAAAUUUUUGGAGUUGCUAUCUACACUGGAAUGGAAACUAAGAUGGCAUUAAAUUAUAAGAGCAAGUCACAGAAAAGAUCUGCAGUAGAAAAGUCAAUGAAUACAUUUUUGAUAAUUUAUCUAAUAAUCCUUAUUUCUGAAGCCAUCAUCAGUACUAUCUUGAAAUAUACAUGGCAAGCUGAAGAAAAAUGGGAUGAACCUUGGUAUAACCAAAAAACAGAACAUCAAAGAAAUAGUAGUAAGAUUCUGAGAUUCAUUUCAGACUUCCUGGCUUUUUUGGUACUCUACAAUUUCAUCAUUCCAAUUUCAUUAUAUGUGACAGUCGAAAUGCAGAAAUUUCUUGGAUCAUUUUUCAUUGGCUGGGAUCUUGAUCUUUAUCAUGAAGAAUCAGGUCAGAAAGCUCAAGUCAAUACUUCUGAUCUGAAUGAAGAGCUUGGACAGGUGGAGUAUGUGUUUACAGAUAAAACUGGUACACUGACAGAAAAUGAGAUGCAGUUUCGGGAAUGUUCAAUUAAUGGCAUUAAAUACCAAGAAAUCAAUGGUAGACUUGUAUCUGAAGGACCAACACCAGACUCUUCAGAAGGAAGCUUAUCUUAUCUUAAUAGUUUAUCCCAUCUUAACAACUUAUCCCAUCUUACAACCAGCUCGUCUUUUAGAACCAGUCCAGAAAAUGAAACUGAGCUAAUUAAAGAACAUGAUCUCUUCUUUAAAGCAGUCAGUCUCUGUCACACUGUACAGAUUAGCAAUGUUCAGACUGAUGGCAUUGGUGAUGGUCCCUGGCAAUCCAACUUUGCACCCUCCCAAUUGGAAUACUAUGCGUCUUCACCAGAUGAAAAGGCUCUAGUGGAAGCUGCUGCAAGAAUUGGCAUUGUAUUUAUUGGCAAUUCUGAAGAAACUAUGGAAGUUAGAACACUUGGAAAACUGGAACGGUACAAACUGCUUCAUAUUCUCGAAUUUGAUUCAGAUCGUAGGAGAAUGAGUGUAAUUGUUCAGGCACCUUCAGGUGAGAAGCUUUUAUUUGCUAAAGGAGCCGAAUCAUCAAUUCUUCCUAAAUGUGUAGGUGGAGAAAUAGAAAAAACCAGAAUUCAUGUAGAUGAAUUUGCUUUGAAAGGGCUAAGAACUCUGUGUAUGGCCUAUAAGCAUUUGACAUCUAAAGAGUAUGAAGAAAUAGAUAGACGUCUUGAAGCCAGGACUGCCUUGCAACAACGGGAAGAGAAAUUGGCACAUGUCUUCCAGUUCAUAGAGAAAGACCUGAUACUACUUGGAGCUUCAGCAGUGGAAGAAGACAGGCUACAAGAUAGAGUUCGAGAAACUAUUGAAGCACUGAGAAUGGCUGGUAUCAAAGUAUGGGUACUAACUGGUGAUAAACAUGAAACAGCUGUUAGUGUGAGUUUAUCAUGUGGACAUUUUCACAGAACCAUGAACAUCCUUGAGCUUGUAAACCAGAAAUCAGAUGGCGAAUGUGCUGAACAAUUGAGGCAGCUUGCCAGAAGAAUUAAAGAGGAUCAUGUGAUUCAGCACGGGCUGGUGGUGGAUGGGACCAGUCUGUCUCUUGCACUCAGGGAGCAUGAAAAACUAUUUAUGGAAGUUUGCAGAAAUUGUUCAGCUGUAUUAUGCUGUCGUAUGGCACCACUGCAAAAAGCAAAGGUCAUAAGACUGAUAAAAAUCUCACCUGAGAAACCUAUAACAUUGGCUGUUGGUGAUGGUGCUAAUGAUGUAAGCAUGAUACAAGAAGCACAUGUCGGCAUAGGAAUCAUGGGUAAAGAAGGAAGACAAGCUGCAAGAAAUAGUGACUAUGCAAUAGCUAGAUUUAAAUUCCUCUCCAAAUUGCUUUUUGUUCAUGGUCAUUUUUAUUAUAUUAGAAUAGCUACCCUUGUACAGUUUUUUUAUAAGAAUGUGUGCUUUAUCACACCCCAAUUUUUAUAUCAGUUCUACUGUUUGUUUUCUCAACAAACACUAUAUGACAGCGUGUACCUGACUUUAUACAAUAUUUGUUUUACUUCCCUACCUAUUCUGAUAUAUAGUCUAUUGGAACAGCAUAUAGAUCCUCAUGUAUUACAGAGCAAGCCCACCCUCUAUCGAGACAUUAGUAAAAACCAUCAACUAAGCAUUAAAACAUUUCUUUAUUGGACCAUCCUGGGUUACAGUCAUGCCUUUAUUUUCUUUUUUGGAUCCUAUUUUCUAAUAGGAAAAGAUAUAUCUCUGCUUGGAAAUGGCCAGAUGUUUGGAAACUGGACAUUUGGCACCUUGGUUUUCACAGUCAUGGUUAUUACAGUCACAGUAAAGAUGGCUUUGGAAACUCAUUUUUGGACCUGGAUCAACCAUCUUGUUACCUGGGGAUCUAUUAUAUUCUAUUUUAUAUUCUCUUUGUUUUAUGGAGGGAUUCUCUGGCCAUUUUUGGGCUCCCAGAAUAUGUACUUUGUAUUUAUUCAACUCCUAUCAAGUGGUUCUGCUUGGUUUGCCAUAAUACUCAUGGUUGUUACGUGUCUAUUUCUUGAUAUCGUGAAGAAAGUAUUUGACCGACAGCUCCAUCCUACAAAUACUGAAAAGGCACAGCUUACUGAAACAAAUUCAGGUAUCAAGUGCUUGGACUCCAUGUGCUGUUUCUCAGAGGGAGAAACAGCGUGUGCAUCUGUUGGAAGAAUGCUGGAACGAGUAGUAGGAAGAUGUAGUCCAACCCAUGUCAGCAGAUCUUGGAGUGCAUCGGACCCUUUCUAUACCAACGACAGUAGCAUCUUGACUCUCUCCACAAUGGACUCAUCUACUUGUUAAAGGGGCAGUAGUACUUUGUGGGAACCAUUUCAACUCCUUUCCUAAAAUUCAGUGUGAUCAUCCUGGUCAUGGCCACACUAGUUCUGCAGAAUUACUUUCUAAAAUUUCUCAAGUAUUUCAUACCCACUCAGAGUUAUAAUGGAAAACAAAUAAAAAGCAUUAACAUAACCCCCUUUCAACCCCUUUCAUUUAAAUCUGAACAUGUUAGAAUUUGUGAAAGAGACAUUUUCUAUCUCUUUGGCUUGUCCCUCAUGCUUAUGGGACUCCUAAUGGCAUUUCAGCCUCUUGCUAAGGCCACUAUAUUUUAAUAUCAAGGUAGAAAAGGGAGGUAAUUGCUAGUUAAUUGUAUUUUUUAGUAUUAGUUUGGUUAUCGAGACUUCUAUUCAA